GCUAGCUCGACAACCUUCAACCGUUUGUGUAUUUUGAGGAAGUCCGGUGAUGAUGCUGAUACGAAAAUAGACCGGGGGUAAAAGUUAUUUAACGACACUGUACCUGGAGGACAACAGCCUGUCAGCCCCGUAACAGCAUGUUACUAAAAAUACUGCUGGGCUUCCUGUGUGGCGUCAGAGCUUUGGCUGUGGAGGGUCCUCCACCUCUGCUGCUAGUGUCAUUCGACGGUUUCCGAGCAGACUACUUGCAGAGGUUCCCCAUGCCGAACCUGAAGCUCCUGUACAGCGAAGGGGUCCUGGUGGAGCAGCUCACCAACGUCUUCGUCACCAAGACGUUUCCCAACCACUACAGCCUGGUGACGGGGCUGUACGCGGAGUCUCACGGCAUCCUGGCCAAUAGCAUGUAUGACCCGGUCACCAACAAGAGAUUCAUAGUUGGCAAGAACAGCAGCGAUCCUGUAUGGUGGAGUGAGGCGCAGCCCCUCUGGGUUACGGCACUGGACUCUGGCUACAAGACGGCGGCCAUGAUGUGGCCUGGCUCUGACGUGCCCAUCGGCAACCGCACGCCGUCAUAUUUCCUUCACUACAACCCUCAUGUGACAUUCCAGCAGCGACUAGAAAAUGUGACAAACUGGAUUUUGGGGGAUGGAAAGGAGCAAGGCGUGAAGUUUGCAGCUCUCUACUGGGAGGAGCCAGACCACUCAGGUCACAUGUUCGGACCUGACAACGACACUGCCAUGAGCAAAGUGCUGAAGGAGGUCGAUGACAACGUUGGACUGCUGAUUUCGGAACUGAAGCGGACGGGCCUCUGGGGUCACAUCAACAUCGUGGUAACCAGUGACCACGGCAUGGCUCAGUGCUCGGCCGACCGCCUCAUACUGCUGGACGACUGCCUCCACCCCGACAACUACACACUGGUGGACCGCACACCUGUCGCAGCCUUAAUCCCACAUAAAGAUCCAAAGGCCGUCUUCACCCUGCUCAAGAAAUGCCACCCCAAUCUGACAGCAUAUUUAAAAUCGGACAUCCCUGAUAGGCUGCACUACCGGAACAAUGACCGCGUCCAGCCAAUUAUACUGAUUGCUGACGAGGGCUGGACCAUUGUGCAGGGAGAAAAAAAGCUGCCAAGAUUGGGCGAUCAUGGCUAUGACAACUCCCUACCCAGCAUGCACCCCUUCAUGGCAGCGUCGGGGCCCAGCUUCCGUCAGGGUUAUCGAAUCAGCAGCUUACAGAGCGUGGACAUUUACCCGCUCAUGUGCCAUCUGCUGUCGGUGCCCCCGCGGCCCAACAAUGGCACCCUGGCCCAGGCUCGGUGCCUGCUGACUGGUGCGACCUGCUGGAAUGUCCCUCUGGUGAUCGUCCUGGUGGUGGGCGUCCUACUGGUGCUCACUACAAUCACUGUUCUGUUCAGGUUUCUGGGCUGCCGCCGCCCGUCUGGCCCCCGACCCUUCCAGAGACUGCAGCUUGACGACCACGAUGAUGACGACCCCCUGUUGGAGUAAACCAGUCCAAACCAGUCAGUCCACACUUUCCUGUGUCACCUGUUUGUGCUCCAAUAGGUACUUGACAUGUUGCACCUUACUCACUGAGGCCACGUCCUUACCAUUCACUCUGGCAUGUGUGUGCAGUUGUUUAAAAACCCUCCAGUCCCACUGACACCUUCUGUAGGGUUGUACACUGGUGUAAAAACACCCAUAGGGAAUAGUGAAUACUGUCGACUCUCCAUGAUGUCGCUGUUUUUAAAAAUCCUGUUACCAUUGACUUGAACAUGUGAUGAAAAGCCAGUGAUGAUUUCAUGUGGGAUAUAAGUUGUUUUUAGGAAAUAUUGAAGACUUUACUAGGUGAAAGGAUGAACAUUGAGAUUAAUAUUUUUAUUCUGGGACAAAAAAAUAGACUUUUGUCUGACUACUGAUUUAUUUUAUAUUUUUCUGUAGGAAGAGGGUUCAAAGAAAAUUUAAUUUUGUAGUGUACAUUUGAUUUUUUUUAUUUUUAUUUAUGUGUAGUGUCACAUUUUGUCAGCAGAGGGAGCCUUUAGCUCAUUUAAGAUUUGUAUCUCACUGAGAUCCUGUGGUGUCUUGAAGGAGAAAGCACAAAAGCUUUUUGGUUUGAAUUCUUUUGAUUGUCUUUCUGUGUGUGCUGUUACCAAUUUGGUUUAUUUGUUACACUGAUGCCUGAGUCUGAAGUCAUCUGAGUAAUGCUGACAUCUGAAAUGAUGCAUUUUUACCAUUUAAAAAAACAACUGUAAAUGAUAGAGUUAAGUGAAUUGGAAGAGGGAGAUUUCUAUGCAAGUCAUUCAGUAAGUGUAGGUGUAUCAGGUAUCCAUUCUUUACUCACACUAAAUGAAACCAAAGACUGUUUUAAGAUGCACAACAGAUGCUCCAAUGAGAUAUUCCAGAUACAUUUUUUGAGAAAGGGAAUUGUCCUGGGUCCUCUAGAUUUUAAAAACAGUACAAAAUUACAUUCAAGUACAUGUUCAUAUUUAUCUGAUGCUUACUGAUGCCGAAGUCUAUUCAAAAGGCCAAAACUACUACAAAGUGUUGUGUGUAUCAAAGACUUAUCUAUCCUUUUCUCUGUGCUAUAGAGGUCUGUAGUCCAAACACACACCAGGGAGGAACACUGUUGCACUGGUUGAUAUUUUACUGUGUUAUUACUGUAGUAUAUUAUGACUCAAUCCACCAUACGCUGUCCUGCUGCUAUAAAUACUCACCAAACACCAGAUGUGUUUUCAUCCACCGCUGAAAGUCCACUAUUUCCUACUUUUAGAGUUUGCUAAAAUAGUGUCCAGGUAUUUCAGGAAUUUUUUUAGUGUCUUUUAAAAAUGAGAGCAGCCCGUGUUUGAGAUUUAAAUGCAGAGAGGGAACCAGUGGUCUCAAGGCUGAGUGCUGAGUGCCACCAAGGUAUACUAUACAGUUGUUGGACUGUGACCCGUCCUCCCUACGCUGCUUUUUUAUGCACACUGCAAGCUACUGUAGGCCUAUUAUUGUAGGGCCGCUACAUUUGUGGUUAUGGAAAAGCUGAUACUUUAGAGAGCACAUGAAGCUAACUGCCGGCACCUACCUGUCCAACAGGAAACAGGCCAACUCUGUGUUGCUCUUUAUCCCCAAAUGAAAGCCAAGUCCAGAUUCAGUUUUGAGAUAAGAUAUCAAGCGAACUCUUGGACGUGUCAAGGUUCCCAAACCUGGAAAACUCAUGGAAUUCCACAAUCACAUUUUCCACACCUGGAAAAGUCAUGUCAUUAGUUAAAAUCAUUCAAAGUUUUGAAAAGUCAUGGAAUUUUGUCGUGUAUAAUGAAAGUGUGACAAUAUUUUUCCAUGGAAAACCGUCCAUGUAGUGUAAAAUUAACGGGAAAUUAACUUUCUGUCGCUGUCAGCAUCACGUAGAGUAUUUCCUUGCGUGGGAACCCUGAUGUGUGCUGCUACUUCCUGGUCGCUACAUGCAGAAUGUUUGCAGAUAAAUACACCAACACACAUUCUAGUAGGUCAUAAGAUGAUUUAGAGGGAUUGCUUUUGUAUAAGUCUACAUUUUUUUGAGGAAAAUCCUGCAUAUUAACAAAACUGUAGCAUGACAGCCACAUCUUUUAAUGCAGUGCUGCUCCCAUGCUUCCAACCACAUAUCAAGGGAUAUGUACAUAGUGUUCAUGCAUCUAUUCAUGUGUCUGCGUGUAAGUAUGCCUUAUGCUGCUGAAACAAGUGAAGAACAAUUCCACAUAAAAACAUAUCAUCAUAUUUAUGUCAUCUGUGAUCUUUAAAUGCUUUAUGUAAGCUGCAUCUUUGCACUCUCUGUGUGUCGACCCAUAAAGUUACUGUUUUUAGUUUUAUGGUUUUAAAAACUAUAAAAUAUGCAAAUCCUGGCCUGUCGAGAGAUUCCUGUUGUUUGAUGAUGUUUUCAAAAUGAAUAAAGUUGAUUGAAAAUCAGA